CGCGGCAGUCUCGUCCGCGCGGCCGCAGCUAUAUAGCCCCUGCCGCUAAACCCUAGCGAGCCCUCCAUUUGCGCCGCCGCCUCCCCCGAAGCCAUCCGCACCCCCUUCCCCACGCUCGCUCGCCCGACGCGAUGGCUCCCACCAAGAAGGCGAAGAAGAGCGGGGAGAACAUCAACAACAAGCUGCAGCUGGUGAUGAAGAGCGGCAAGUACACGCUCGGCUACAAGACCGUCCUCAAGACGCUGCGCAGCUCCAAGGGGAAGCUGAUCAUCCUCGCGAACAACUGCCCUCCCCUUAGGAAGUCAGAGAUUGAGUACUACGCUAUGUUGGCGAAAAUUAGCGUGCACCACUUCCACGGAAACAAUGUUGAUCUUGGAACUGCCUGCGGCAAGUACUACCGGGUGUGCUGCCUCAGCAUCCUUGACCCUGGUGACUCGGACAUCAUCAGCACCACCACCACCACCCAGUGAAGAGAAGAGAGCUCUCUACCUAUUUUAUUUAGUCGAGUUGUAGGGUCCUGUUGUGCUCUUGAAACCACUCUUGUUAUCUUCGGUUUGUGUACCUUUUUGCGAUGCUGAGUUGGAGCUGUCAUACAGAUAAUACUUCAUAUGGUUGUUCUGCUGGACAUUCAUGUGGUUUUGUUUUCAUGAUAUCGUUAUUUCCA